AUGGCUCAUCACCACGAGGAGGUGCCCAAGCGACCCAAGGGCAUCCUCAAGAACUCCAGCGGCACCGUCCCGCAAACCACGCUCUCGCCGGAGAAAUUCUCGCCCCCUCCCGUCUCCAUCAACACCGUCGACACCAAGGAAAUCACCCUCCAGAACACGCUGCAGAACGCCGGCCGUCGGCGCUCCACCUCGCGCCGGCAGUCCGUGGCCAGCAUUCACAGCCACGCGGACGAGGCCUCGCCACGGCUGAAAUGGGACGAGGCGAACCUCUACCUGACGGAGCAGGAGCGCACGGCCAAGAUGAAGAUCGACGAGCCCAAGACGCCGUUUGCGCCGCACUACGACCCCGCCGAGGACGAGGAGGAGAUGCGGCUGGCCGAGGCGGAGGAGGGUCUGAUCGAUGCGCAGGAUGUGGUGGUGGAUGAGCUGGAUCGGGCGAAGAAGACCCCGCGCAGGCUUGCUGCGUCCGAGGACGAGAUUCCCGAGCUGGAGCUGGGGGAGCCCGAGGAGUUAUCGUUGGCGGUGGGGGGUGGCGAUGGCGGCCGGAUUGUGCGCGAGCGCAGCCUGAGUAAUGAGUCGCACCGGAGCGACAAGCAUGUUGUGGUUCCGGAGGCGGGUGCGGAGGGGGAAGGGGACCAUCUGCUGACGCCGGAGGAGGCCAAGGAGAAGCAUCGCCAGUUCGAGCAGAUGCGGAAAAGGCACUAUGAGAUGCGGAACAUCAAGGAGCUUCUUGCGCAUCCCGAGGAGCUGGAUGAGAUGGAGGAGGAUGACGACGACGGUGAAGGCAUCAACAAUGUUGGCUCAGUCAACCCACCACCAAUGCCUCGAGUUCCAGAACGGUUUGCCAACGGUGGAGCUUAG